GGGUGGGGUCGGGCUAUCAGGGCUAGCAGCUUUCUCUGAUGUAGGACCUGAGCUGUGUGCCUUUGAACACACGAUUAAUGCAUGUAAAAAGAUAACAUUACGACAGUGGAGAGGAUCAAGACAGUGUGUGGUAGAAUCCGAUCAAGUGUGCGUGGAGUAGCUGAGAAAGGCAUUCAGAUAUGGCAGCCAACAAGGGGAAAAGUCAGAGCUCCUUGGCAUUGCACAAGGUCAUCAUGGUGGGCAGUGGUGGUGUAGGCAAGUCAGCCCUUACACUCCAGUUCAUGUAUGAUGAGUUUGUUGAAGAUUAUGAGCCCACGAAAGCGGACAGUUACCGAAAAAAAGUUGUGCUGGAUGGGGAGGAAGUGCAGAUCGAUAUUUUGGAUACAGCUGGACAGGAAGACUACGCAGCCAUCCGAGACAACUAUUUCCGCAGUGGAGAGGGUUUUCUGCUUGUGUUCUCCAUAACCGAGCAAGAGUCUUUCACAGCCACAGCAGAGUUCAGGGAACAGAUUCUGCGUGUUAAAUCCGAGGAGGAUAAGAUUCCACUGCUGGUGGUGGGGAAUAAGUCUGAUCUGGAAGACCGCAGGCAGGUGUCUGUGGAUGAUGCCAGAGGAAAAGCAGAGGAGUGGAGUGUACAGUAUGUGGAGACUUCUGCUAAAACACGUGCCAAUGUAGAUAAGGUAUUUUUUGACCUCAUGAGGGAAGUGCGUGCCAAGAAGAUGUCAGAAAAUAAGGACAAAAAUGGCAAAGGAAAGAACAAGAACAACAAGAAGAGCUUCAAGGAACGGUGCUGUUUACUUUGAACUCCACAUGCACUUUCCAUAAACAAAUCUACUUUCUACUCUAAGGAACAUUUCAAUUUUUCUUUAUUACCAUAAUUAGUGGCAGGUCAUCACCGUCAAGGCCUUUCAUAUUUCCUUUCUUCAUGCAAAGUAUAAUUUUUCAGUGAUUGAUGACCAGUGGCUACUUUGUGAGGAGAAGAAAAACUGUAGCACUUUAAGACUAACAUGGAGGUGAUCAACCAGUGCCCAACACUAAGCUUUUUAUCUGGUGUAAUUUAUCUUAAUUUCACAGCUUGCUUUUGGCCUCUUCCUAGGAAAUUAUUAUUCUUUUUUUUAUUGUUAUUAUUUUGCAGCCUUAUUUGUGGCUAUGCAUUUCUAGUAAUGUUUUGUUUAUUCAGAAAUGUAUAUUUUAUCCCUCUGCCACUACGGGGUGGAGUCCGUUAUGUUUUCGGGUCCUUCCGUCCGUACAUCUGUGAUACUUGUUAGAAGUAUAUUUUAAGGGUAUUUCAGGUAUACAAAUUAGUAACAAGAAGUACUAGACUUGUUGGCGGUGGAGGUAUCCUCAUCUACAUUUUUCCUCAGAUUAAAGGAAAGUGCCAAUUCUUUUACAACACGCAAAUGUUUGCAUUUCCUGCCCCCAGUUUUGAAAAUGUAUACCUAAAUGACUGUUAGGGAGCAUUAAUAUCUAUUUUAAACUUGGUAUACACAGAUGAGCCUACUGAUUUAUGGUUGAAAAAAAAAAACAACUAAAUCUUGACUUCAUUAUGUCUGGCAGGCUAGAUGACGAAAUGGUGUUUAUGGUACCAAAAUGCAGUGUAUUCCUAAUGUUUGAUUCCUAUUCAGUCAAAUCUCCAAUGAUACAUUUUGUGGAGGAAAGUACAAGACUAUUAAAUGCUGUUAGACUCAACAACACUACUUCCUGAGUAAACAGCAGUUAUGAAAUUUAAGGGCUUGGAAUGAUGCUGAAAUGUUGGUCAGCUUUGGGGCACUAAAUAAGCUCAGUUUUGGCAUAGGAGAAUCUACACUGCCUCCCACUGGUUGACAUAAAUACUUAAAAAGAGGCAUAUCACAUGGAUAGACACUGCUAGGAACUUAUUGCCUUGAUGAUUAAGUUUUAUUGAGAUAUUUUUGUAGAAAGUAUGCUGCCUUUUCCACCAUCAAACCCCGCUAGGAUAAAUGUGCCAUAAGUACUUGUGCCAAUCUAAUAUAAGUAAAGCAAUGACGUCUGACUGAACAUUCAAUGGCCUUAUUUGUGUGGCUUCUUUUAUUUAGUAUUCUGAUACACACAUCGAGUGCUACAGGUCCACCAAUGAUAUAGCUGAAAUUGAUGUUUUAUAUUAUAUUAAACGUUCUGGCCUUUCAGAAAUGGGAUACAAUUUUUAUGAUUGUUUUCCAGUGGAUGAUAAUCAAGAUACUUUGAAUUAUGUUGCCAAAUAAACAGUUCUUUGUUGUA